AUGACGACCGAGGAGGAUAUUGCGUGGUUUAAGUCCACCUUUCGUCCUAUUCCGAAGCCAGAGCUUCCAGACGACUCUGUCGAGUACUUCGUUUAUCACCUACCCUCCCCCGCCCCCGCCGUUAUCGAUGAAGUUGCCGAGACUAGGGCCCGAUUGCUUGAAGUGCAGCGAACUGUCGCAGAUUUGACAAAGGAUUAUUUGAAAGACUACAUCUGGCAGCGUGAGGGCUUUCGAUUGGAAAUCAAUAAAGAUGAUGGAACAACAUACCUCAGCGGCCGCACCAACUAUGGCGAUUCAAUUGAAGAUGAAUGGGUCGUAGUACACCUACUACGGGAAUUGACUAAACGUCACAAAGAUAUCUGGGUCAAAAUAGCUGAUGGCGAUGGUGAAUUCUUGCUCAUCGAAGCUGCGGGCACACUUCCUGCCUGGUUGGAACCUGAAGUUUCGGACAACCGAGUAUGGAUCAAUCAAGGCGAUCUCAAAAUCAUCAAACCCAAGCAAGACACGGGGAAAAAGGUCACCGAAAAAUUGACAUUCCCUCAAGCUCGAAAGAUCAUCCAAGAAGAACCAACCCGUUUUAUAAAAUCCACCAUAAUCCAGGAAGAGGCAUUUUACAGACUUCGAAACUAUCCCAAACAAAUAUCCGAGAACCUACAUUCCGCGCUCGUCACAAUUCCCCGCAGGGUGGCUUUCCUACUUCAUCAAAAGCCAGGCUAUAUAUCUCCGGCCGUUGAAGCGUUUUAUGUCCGUGACCCUAUCGCCUUGCGGCCUCUACGCGCCAAGGAUGCUUCCGACCUCACUUUCAAGCCGGAUGACAUGGUUACCGUGAGUGUUCGAUUUACACGCGUUGGCUAUGCCCAAUUAAAAAGCCAAGAAUUUCCAGUUCCAAGCUCCUGGGCUGGCAAGUUGCCGCCAGUCGAUGAGGAACCUGCAUAUACACGGGCGGAAACUGGAAUGAAGCUUGCUUGCGGAUUCGAAAUGCUACUUUACGAUCCUCAUCACCAGGAUAAGGCUUUUGUCAGAGAGAUGAAGCUUGUAUUGGAAGACCUGGACACUGGCGACGAAGAGCUUCCAACCAACGAAGAAAUUGAGAAGACUUGGGAUAAACGGGAGGAUGACGAAAAGUGGUUGGACAUCAGUUUUGACGAUCUUGAUCGCGAGCUGAAAGGAAAAGGCAAGGGAAAAGAGAAUGACAAUGGGAAAUUUGGCGACGAAGGCGCGCAAGAGAACCUACAACGAAUUGUUGCUCGCUUCGAGGAAUUUUUGAAUGAUACCUCUGCUGGAUUUGAUGGAGCAGAGUUUGACGAUUUUGAUACCGACUCUGACGUUGAUAUUGAUGACGAUGACGAACUUAGUAGCGAUGGGGAGGACAAGGACGCCUCCUUUGAUGAAGAGGAGUUCUCCCGCAUGAUGAAAGAGAUGAUGGGAAUGCCUGGGGCUGGUCAAGGCCCAUCUCUGGCCACACCACUACGCAACCGGAAUCGCAUCAAAGAGUUGGAUGGAGAUGAUAUCGACGAAGAUGACACAGAACAGAUUAAAGAGCUCUCUCGGCAGAUGGAGGCUGAGUUAAAGGGCACUGGAGUCCUAGAUCUAAACAGAAAACCGGAACAACAGAAGUUGUCAUCUACAAGUAAUACAAGCAAGGAUGCCAAGCCAGACGCUGGACUCGAGCAUGAUGAUGAGGAUGAAAACGCCAACAUCAACCUUGCGAAAAACCUCUUGGAAGCCCUUCACGGCCAGGCUGGCACCGCAGGUCCCGCCGGUAACAUGUUGUCGAUGAUGGGUCUACGUAUGCCCAAGGACGACCGACACGAAUGA